AUGGAACUAUCGGAAAGUGAGAAGCCCUCAGACAAAUGUCCGGAGGCGCUGAAGGAUGCGGAAUCAGGUACGGAAGUCAAUCGGCGUUCCGUACUUGUCCUUGUCGGGUCCUUCUUCGCCGUGUUCGUCACGACAGGAUUCCUGAAUGCUUUUGGAGUGUUUCAAGAAUACCUGUAUGCACAUCUCUUGUCCGACCGCACGGAGUUCGACAUCGCGUGGAUCGGUUCCUUGGCGACUUUCCUCAUGUUCGCUGCGGCUCCAGCGCCCGGUGUGCUGUUGGAUCGGAUCGGGCCAGCAGUACCACUCUCGGUCGGGGCCAUCCUCGUGCCAUUCGCCAUGUUCAUGUUGUCCUUGUGCACGGAAUACUAUCAAUUCGUCCUCGCCCAAGGGGUUCUCCUAGGCAUCGGAAUGUCGUUUCUAGCCAUACCUACCAUUGCGAUGGUUCCGAAAUACUUCCAGCAGCAUCGAGGUUUGGCAAUGGGUGCCACCAUAGGAGGAUCCUCUUGUGGAGGUGUUAUCUGGCCGAUUAUGCUCGAUCGAAUGCUGAAUCAUCACCGACUCAGUUUCGAGUGGACGAUUCGUAUCAUGGCAUUCACCAUGCUCCCUCUAGGGGUAUUGAGUGUCUUGACUGUCCGAAGUCCUGCGAAGCCAGUGUCCACGACUGCCUCAGGGGAUGGGGAAGAUCUUCAAGACGACGCCCAGCAGCAGGAGCCUCGCAAGAAAAUCGACUUCUCCAUUGCGAAAAACGGAACGUUUAUCCUUCUCUGCAUCGGCCUCGCGCUGACAUUCCUUGGGCUAUUCACACCCCUAUUCUUCGUCACCACUUACGCCACCGCCCUCGGUCACUCGGCGAGCUUCGCAUUUUACUUGGUUUCCAUCGCCAACGGCGCCUCGUUAUUCGGUCGAAUCAUCCCCGGGAUCCUAUCCGACAGGUACGGUCAUUUUAAUCUAUUGAUCAUCGCCUGUGUGACCUCAGCAGUCGUCGCCCUCUGCUGGACUGCUGCAAAGAGUGCUGCGGGUUUAGUGGUUUGGUCGCUGGCAUACGGAUUCUCUUCGGGUGCGAUUCUAAUCCUUCAGGCGGCAUGCUCUACGCAGCUAUCGACUCCUGAAACAUAUGGGACAGCAAUUGGACUGGUCCUAGCAGCGGUUUCCGUAACUGGACUUGUCGGGAAUCCGAUCAGUGGCAAGCUUGUUCCGCAUGGGUAUCUUGCGCUCUCACUGUAUUCUGGCUUAAGCAUUAUGGUUGGUGGAGCAUUAAUUGGGUGGUCGCGUGUGAAACAAGACAAAAAAUUAUUUGCCAAAGUGUGAAAGGCAAAGGAUCGAAUGAACACGGGGCUGACAUCAAACUGCGCUGGACUUGACAAGAUAAGAACUAAAAUAGAACGAGAUCACGACAUAAGACUCCCUCCAUUAAAAAAAGAGUGGGCUCAAGCAGUCUCUCAAUCUCUUGUAUAUCCCAAAAUAUCACCUAGUUUUGACAGGCUUUGGCCAUUUAUUUAAUCAUCACGGAGUUCUCAGCUAGUGAAGGUUCAGGUCAACUUGGCUCUCCAUGGACGU